ACCAUCACCACUGCCAUGAACAGCACAAAAUCAUGACGAAUGUGACUCCUAUAUUCAACGAAUUUCUUUCCACCCAUCCAGCAGUCGCCGUGAUCCCCCCAGACCGCAAGCCCCCUCCACCCAAAGAUGAGUUUCUCAGGGAGGCAUUCCGAAUCGUGAGGGCGCACUCACUUGACGUAGCCAGAAAGUCUCGACAGCUAACUCAAAAAUUCUAGGAAUCCCACACAUCAUCUUUAACGAAAUACCUUCUUUCCAUUCGACAAGCAUAUCUCUCUACAACCUCCGGUCGGCCGAAUCCUUCACGGAUAACCGCCUCCAGCUCCGCCUCGCUACUUGCUCGUAGGAAUCAGUCGGCGACGCUGACCGAUGCACAACGCGACACCAUCGAUGCGGAGACGAAGGGUGUUAUUCGAGAACUUUUAGCUGUUAUAUCCCGGUUAGAAAGCACUGAGAAAGUCAGGGCGCAAACGGAAGAAGCGCUGCUUCGAAAACGCUACUCUUCCGGCCUGCGUGGUAUCUUUCGUGACGAGACGGAGGAGCGGGAAAGGGAGGAGGAGAAACUUAGGACACUGAGCGUCCAUAGAGGGGGGGUACUAUGGUUACUAAAAACACGAUUGGAGAAAGCCAGUGAGUUACAGAGAGGGCAGCAGGAAAUUCGGCUUCAGCGACAGGUCGAAAGAGGGAAGAGCAUCUUGUACAAAGCCCCGUCCGGCAUUCUACCGCCGACCCACAUGAGUAUGCCAGUAACCAGCCCUUCUAAGUCUGUUGCCUCGGCCGGGAGGAGGAGUGUCGGGCUGGAAGACGAAGAACGGAAGAAUAUAGAGAAUAUCCUUACGGAAGAGCAGCUUCAGCUUUUUGAGAGAGAAAACGGAGACUUGAUGAAACAUUAUGAAGACACUCUGGACCAAGUCAGGUAAGCUCUUGUUAAUACUUCUUUACCGUCAGACACAAAGCUGACCACCCCCCUCCCCCCCUCAGGUCGGCAGAGAAAUCCCUCAUUGAAAUAUCCUCUCUACAAACUCAGCUAGCGACGAACCUUGCUGCCCAGAAUGCACAUAUAGACAAUCUCGUUGCUGACUCAAUGUCCACCGUUGAGAACAUCCAAAGAGGGAACAAAGAGUUGAAGAGGGCGGGUGAAAAGGUCUCGAUAGCUAGGUCGGCGUUCUGGGGCGCCCUAGCGUUUUCCGGAGUUGUUAUCAUUUGGGAUUGGUUCAUAUAAUUUCUACAAUAAUUUACUUUUUUUACUCUUGGGACAAGGGCAUUACACAAUUAUUCACCCCAUGCCAAUUUGUAUUCUUUGCUUGGUGGUUCGUGUUUCCUCCGUUCCCGGUGGUUACAGACCCAAUGGGCAAUGGGCUAGACCUACAAGAAUGGGCCAGUAAAAUAGUAGUGCAUUUAGAAGCUAAGGGCCAGCAAUCAUACAGCCGGGCGGAAUGCUCGAUAAAUAAAAAGGCUGAAGACUUGG